CUAAUAAACCCAGCCUGCAGUCUGAAGGGCCAGUAUCAUCUCAUAAAGCAGAAAGUCUAUCAGCGAAUGUUACUUUUGGCGAAGCAAUGUCACCGCACCAUGUUCAGGAGUCUGAUGGCAAUAAAUCUCCCCAAAUUAAGAAUGUACAUAAACCAAAGUACCAAAGCCGUAUGGCUGAAAGCAUCCCAGACAUGACAGGGAUACAUAGUAAUUCAUCAAUGAAUGAUGCCAUGCCAGCGGAAAUAUCACUGGACAAAUGGAUCAAGGGAAAGAGCAGCAGCAGGAAAGACAUAUCAGUUAUAAGGCAAAUCUACAACAGGACGUUAUACCGGGAUCCCAGUGACUACAAUCUGCUGGAUCAAGACGAGCUCUUUGGGGAAGACGAUGAUUAUAAUUUUGAGAACGCUUAUGACAAUUAUGAUUAUGAUUAUGAGGAGAUCAAUGCAUUGUUCGAAAUUGAGCAGCUAAAAGGAGAAAAAGGAGACCCAGGGCUUCCAGGCCCACAAGGACCACCAGGAUUACCAGGCCUGCCGGGGAAAAGAGGUCCAAGGGGAGAGAUUGGACCUCACGGGAUCCCUGGUUCACCUGGUCCACCUGGUCCCAAGGGUCCAAAAGGAGAUCCAGGAUCCUCACCUGGUCAGGCAGCACCUGGACAAAAGGGGGAUCGAGGGUCAAUGGGUUUGAUGGGGGAGCGGGGUCCUGAAGGCCAAAAGGGUGCGAAAGGUUAUCCCGGACCCCCUGGUCCUCCCGGAGAAAAGGGAAUUCCUGGCUUGUCUGGAUACGCGGGGGCAGUUGGUUACCCUGGCAGGCAGGGUUCAGCUGGACCUGAAGGAUUUCCUGGCCCUAAAGGCAUUGGGGGCUUUAUUGGAAUAGCUGGGGUGCCUGGACCCCCUGGACCUGAAGGGGAGAGGGGAGCGUCGGGGGCCCCGGGGAUCAAAGGACCCAAAGGAGUUCAGGGUGUUCAUGGAGACUUUGGUGAAAGAGGCCCCCCAGGUCCAGAUGGAAGCCCCGGACCGGUUGGAGGUUUAGGGCCACCUGGAUUUCCUGGUCUGAGAGGGGAUGUUGGUGAGGUGGGACCAGUUGGACCAUCAGGGAUUCCUGGACCUCAGGGACCUCCUGGGAACAUGGGAGCACCUGGAAUCAAAGGUGAUAAGGGUGAACGUGGAUUUUCAGGAGAACCAGGAGAGCUCGGGUACCCAGGAGAUAAGGGCGCAGCAGGUCUCCCAGGGCCUCCAGGACCCAAAGGAAAGCAGGGACCUCUGGGGAAAAUUGGUGAUCGAGGUCUCAGAGGACCCCCUGGACCCCCCGGGCCUGAGGGGUUUCCUGGAGACAUUGGGUUACCUGGUGUGAAUGGACCCGAAGGGCCAAAGGGUGUUCCUGGAGACAGAGGGCCAAUGGGCCCCCAGGGUCCAAAGGGUGUAGAGGGAGAAGAAGGACCAGAAGGACCUCGAGGUGCCAUCGGACCAAGGGGAAGACCAGGACGGAAAGGCUAUGCCGGUGAACCAGGUCUAGAGGGAUUAAAGGGUGAAACUGGAGACUUAGGAAAUGUUGGAAAAAUCGGUGAAGCCGGGCCGGCUGGGUUACCUGGAGAGGCUGGACCUCCUGGCAUUCCUGGAGAAAAGGGUGAGCGAGGAACUCCUGGUCCUGAGGGACCUUCUGGUGAAAAGGGAACAAUAGGUUAUCUAGGAAUUCCGGGAUUGCCGGGCGUGAUCGGGCCCCCAGGAUUACCUGGGCCAUCUGGACCACGGGGGUCUCCAGGGGAGCAAGGACCAAAGGGCUUAAUAGGUCCAAGGGGUCCUGACGGUCCACUAGGAGAACAGGGCAUAACAGGACCCAAGGGUGAAAGAGGAGAACCAGGCAAAAAAGGCAUCCCUGGACGGAUUGGAAAAGCUGGAAAUCCUGGAGAAAGGGGUGACCCAGGAAAGCCUGGAUCCCCAGGCCCAGCAGGAAGCACCGGGGACAGGGGAGCGAGUGGAGAGCCGGGACCAAGGGGCCUGCAAGGAGAUCCUGGAUCCCCAGGAGAAAUGGGAUCUGAGGGUCUGCCUGGAACUGACGGGGAAGUUGGUUUACAAGGAGAACCUGGAGGAAAGGGAGUCCUUGGACCUCCGGGGAACACUGGGGAGCCCGGCGAACCUGGAAUACGGGGGGAUCCUGGCCCUCCUGGGGAAGAUGGCGUUCCGGGCAAAGAUGGAUCAAAGGGAGAACCAGGAGACCCCGGUCUGCAAGGAGAGGACGGCGAAAAAGGAGACCCGGGGAUUCCUGGAAAUCCUGGUCCUAAUGGAGAAACUGGCAGAAUGGGUUUACCGGGGCCUGAAGGAAAAGCUGGACAUGCGGGUCAGAGGGGUCGACCAGGCAGAAAGGGAGAGAAGGGGCAGAUGGGGCCAGUUGGUGAAAUUGGAAGCCAGGGUCAUCAGGGUAUCCAAGGCAAAUCAGGAUUGAAGGGGACUCGAGGAACAAGAGGGCUAUUGGGGAGUUCAGGUCCACUGGGGCCCGAAGGAGAGCCUGGAAUUUCGGGGUACACGGGUCAUCAAGGUCAAGCAGGACACCCAGGUGCCCCCGGAACUAAGGGAGAAAAGGGUUACCCUGGAGAGGGCAGUACCGCGAUGGGUCCAACGGGCGCCCCAGGUGAACCAGGUCCAUCUGGGGUUUCUGGAGACAGAGGAGAACCAGGCGAUGAAGGUUACCCGGGUCAUCCUGGUGUUAUGGGACCAAGAGGAGCAGUUGGUCAGCAAGGAGAACCAGGUGAUCCUGGUCUGACUGGUGAACAGGGAAGGAAGGGGGUGCGCGGCGAGGAGGGAGAAAAGGGGAAGAAGGGAACGAGAGGAGCGAUGGGGAGACCCGGAAUUCCUGGGACACCAGGUCCACCUGGAGUCAGAGGAGCAGAGGGGUAUCCUGGACCUGAUUCUGUUACCGGAAAUCCUGGAAAGCUUGGUUUGCCUGGACAUCCUGGUCUACGGGGUGAGAAGGGUAGCCCAGGUGUAGAUGGACUGGCUGGCUUACCAGGCCCCCCUGGCAAGAGAGGCAUGAUGGGCAUUCCUGGCUCCACAGGACCUCCGGGAUUAAAGGGAGAACAUGGAUUACGAGGCCAUCCAGGAAAACCAGGUGGGAGAGGUUUUCUGGGAACACAAGGAGACCAAGGGCCCAAAGGGGAUUUGGGAAUAAAGGGACUUCCAGGAGACGAUGGUGACUUCGGCCUGAUGGGGUUUCAGGGUUUUCCAGGUCCAAAGGGUCCUACUGGAGACUUUGGCCACGUGGGCAUUACUGGCCCCAAAGGUCCAUCCGGACAAGCUGGUUCUAGUGGUCCAGCGGGGCCAGAUGGUAUUAUUGGACCCACUGGUUUAUUGGGAUACAAAGGAGAAAGGGGCACAAAAGGAGACAUGGGACCUCAAGGACCACCAGGUCAUCCUGGGCCCCCGGGUCCUCCAGGAAUUCCAGGGCCAACAAGGCAGCUGAGUAUAAACUCUGCCAUCCAAGCCCUAAUCGAGUCGAGCGCCGCGCUGCACAUGGAGAAUUACCAGAAUACGGAGGUGACAGACUUCAGCGCAGAGAUAUUUAAAACGUUGCGUUAUCUGGCUGAUUUAAUGCACAGUAUUAAGAAUCCACCGGGAACUCGGGAAAACCCUGCGCGGAUCUGCCGUGACCUGCUGAGCUGUGAACACAAACUCCCCGACGGAAAAUACUGGAUUGAUCCAAACCUUGGAUGCCCUUCAGAUGCCAUUGAGGUUUAUUGCAACUUCACAGCCGGUGGGCAGACAUGCCUGUCACCAGUUGCCAUUGCAAAGCUGGAGUUUGUUGUGGGGAAAGUGCAGAUGAACUUCUUGCAUUUGUUGAGCUUGGAGGCCGUCCACACGAUCACCGUCCAUUGUCUGAACUCCCCCGUCUUAAUACAUCAGCCGACAAUCGUCUUCAAGGGAUGGAACGGUCACCUGUUUGAAGGAAACAGAUUACUUGAAAGAAACGUUAUCACAGACGAAUGCCAGAUUAAGGACGACAGGUGGCACAAGACGCAGUUCAUUUUUCGCACUCAGGAAACAAAUCAGCUUCCCGUGACCGAGGUUUCAGGGCUCCCUUCUCAGGAAGGCGAACGCCACUAUUUAGAGAGCGGCCCAGUUUGCUUUUUCUGAUACAUCUGGGGAAACUUUCACCCCUCGAUCCCAGUAUCGGACAGCUCUGGCCGGUUUAUGGCAGCUGUUUGGAAGUCCUGCUACCAGAUAACCACAAAGAUGCCACUAGUGACGGUGAAAUGGAAGCCACCACUGCCUUCUUGUUGACGGAGUAGUAUGUGCAGGGUACGGGCAGGUACUCGGUACCUUUUUAGGAAACUUAUUUCACGGAAAUCCUCAUCAUAAUUAGGGCGACGCUUAUUAAAUGGGACAGAGUAAUAAAUUCACCCGAUGCUCUCCAGGAGCCCCUCCAGGGAUUGACGUCUCAGACAGGAAAUAGUGAACGGUGAUUUUUACGCAGCCAAAGGUGACCUGUGCGACCGUAACACCAACAGCAUCGGCUGAAGGAUCGUUUCGAACAGUAUUGGUUUCCUUGCGGAAAAUGGGUUAUUGUGUCCAUGUAAAAAGCAUCUUUUAGCACUGCUGCAUAUACCUCUGGGUAGAGGUGUCCGACCUCACCCCCCACCACAAGUUCCCAGUGACUUUAAUCCUGUAUGUACUGGAUACAUCACAGUAACUCCUUUAAAAGCAGGCUGUAGUUUAAGCCCAAGCAUUAUUUAUGUGAAGUUUUCUACGUAUGUAAAAGUGAUUUGUGAUCCUGCUCCAUUUUAUAGCCCGAAGAGGACUGCGUAUCAGCAGAAUAUGAUAAGCAGGAUUUAUUACACUUUUCUGUGACUGGGAUGUACUUAUUUUUUCAAACAUCCAAAGAUGUUAACAUGUAUAUAUUUGUAACAUUUAAAAAAAUUUUAAUUCAGCAAAUAUUUAAAAAAAAAUGCUGAUUUUAAGUUAUAAUAAUCAAUUCUGAUGUGUUCAGCAAUAUUACCUGGUGCUAACUUUUAAUUUAAUUUUAUUUGUCCCAAAAUAAAAAUGUUUUAAUAAAA